AUCUGCAGCAAUGUGCGGGAGGACUUACUGCAUCAUCUACAGCUCCUUCAUCACAUCUGUUCUCUGAUUCUCCGUUAAUAUGAGAGAAUUUUCUGUUGUUUCGUUGUAGGACUGUUGAGAUGCGGGUGAAGCUCCUGCUGAAUGACAGUGCCCAGAGGAGCUUCAUUAUGCCUGUUCUCAACGUGACUGAAGACAGCGUCUCCAGCGCUUCCCCGACCCCAGAUUCGUCUCCGUCUCUUUCCUUUACAGCGUUUUCCUCCCUCCCUCCAUCCCUGUCCUCGUUUGUCCCGCAGACGAACUGCUCUGUGUCUCCUUCUCCCUCGUCUCCACCGUAUAACUUCUACGCAGUUCUGUUGGUGUUGCUGAUUUUUUGCGUGGUGUUUGGCAACGUUCUGGUGUGUGUGGCCGUGUCCCGAGAGAAAGCGCUGCAGACCACCACCAAUUACCUCAUCGUGUCUCUGGCCGUGUCCGACUUGCUCUUGGCCACGCUGGUGAUGCCCUGGGGCGUCUAUCUGGAGGUUGUGGGUGAAUGGAGGUUCAGUCGGAUCCACUGUGACAUUCUGCUCACGCUGGACGUCAUGAUGUGCACCGCCAGCAUCCUCAACCUGUGUGCCAUCAGCAUCGACAGGUACACGGCCGUGGCUAUGCCGUUACUCUACAACACGCGCUACAGCUCCAGAAGACGUGUGGCUCUGAUGAUCGCUGUCGUCUGGUUCCUGUCGUUUGCCAUUUCCUGCCCGCUGCUGUUUGGUCUCAACAACACAGCCAGUCAGGAAGGGCGAGACUGCAGUUUUGCCGACCCUGCUUUCGUCGUCUACUCCUCUGUCGCUUCCUUUUACGUGCCCUUCAUAGUGACGCUGCUGGUGUAUGCGCAGAUCUGCGUGGUGCUGCGCAGACGGGGCAGACGCACCGCACCUUCACGCAGACACGGCCUCCAUCCGGAGCCCGGAGAUGGACAGAGAUCCCGCAAGAAUAAAUGCACUCAUCCUGAAGAUGUGAAGUUGUGCACUUUAAUAGUGAAGCCUCCUCCAGCUGCUCCACAACGCAAGAAAGUGACGCUGGUGAAGGAGGCCGUGGUUCAUCCUCUGGACGUGGAGCCCGUGUGUUUUCUGAGUCAGGACAGAGAGCAGCAGCAGCAGCAGCAGCAGUCGUCCGGACGCCCUAAAAUCUCCCUGUCGGUGUCCGUGGCUCCCAGUCCCGUGCGGCCCUGCUCCGCGCUCUCGGCCCCCGGUCUGCACAGGACCGCGCCGCAGGAGAACGCGCACGGACGCCACGGGUGGAGGGACAGAAACGCAGACAGAGAGAAAGGAGCGGCGGCCAAGGAGAGAGCGAGAGGAAGACUGUCGCAGCAGAAGGAGAGGAAGGCCACGCAGAUGCUGGCCAUCGUUUUAGGCGUCUUCAUCAUCUGCUGGCUUCCUUUCUUCCUGACGCACGUGUUGAAGGCUCACUGCGGCAGCUGCUGCAUCUCUCCGUCGCUCUACAGCGCGGUCACGUGGCUGGGUUACCUCAACAGCGCCGUCAACCCCGUCAUCUACACCACCUUCAACAUCGAGUUCCGCAAGGCCUUCAUUAAAAUCCUGCACUGCUGACAGACAGACGGGGAUUUGCUCAACACAAGCUUGAGACGUUUGUAAAGAUAACGCCGCUUGAGAGCUGACGGCAAAGAUAAGACGAGACGUUUGAAAAGCCUUUGUUUGUGGAACUGAUCGUCUGAAACCGUUGCGAUCGGCAGAAGUUUAUUCGUUUUUUUACAGUACUGUGACAUUAAUGUGUUUUUAAAAGAGUAGCUCGUCUAGAAAUGAACAUUUUGCCAUCAUUUGCUGCCCUUAUGAUCAAACCCCUAUGAUUUUAGUUCUUCUGUAAAAAACAGUGGUUUUUAAUCAAACACCAUCAUAAAUAUAUGGACAUUCUGAGCUUUUUAUCAAAAUUCUGAGUUUACAAAUUUGGAUUCUAUUUGUCUACGCACGCAAUUCUGCAUUUGUGUCUCGUGAUUCUGUGUUUAUAUCUUGUUGCAGUUCUGCAUUUUUCUCACAAUUCUAGAUUUGUUUUUGCAAAAUUCUGAUUUUAUAUCUCACAAUUCUGACUUUGUCUUGCAAUUUUUUUUA